CCCCUAAGCGGCGCCACGUCCCGAGAGUCCGGUCUCGGGCGGGGCCGGCCGGGCGCGGCGGGGCUCGGGGCUGUUUACAGCGGUUCUGCACGCCGCGGUGUAGACAUGGCGGCCCAGAAGGACCAGCAGAAGGACACGGAGGUGGAAGGGCUGAGCGCCACGACCCUGCUGCCCAAGCUGAUUCCCUCGGGCGCGGGCCGCGAGUGGCUGGAGCGGCGCCGCGCCACCAUCCGGCCUUGGGGCACCUUCGUGGACCAGCAGCGUUUCUCGCGACCCCGCAACCUGGGCGAGCUUUGCCAGCGCCUGGUACGCAACGUGGAGUAUUACCAAAGCAACUACGUGUUCGUGUUUCUGGGCCUCAUCCUUUACUGCGUGGUGACAUCCCCCAUGCUGCUGGUGGCUCUGGCUGUCUUCUUCGGCGCCUGUUACAUUCUCUAUCUGCGCACGUUGCAGUCCAAGCUUGUGCUCUUUGGCCGGGAGGUGAGCCCAGCGCAUCAGUACGCCCUGGCCGGCGGCGUCUCUUUCCCCUUCUUCUGGCUGGCAGGUGCUGGCUCCGCUGUCUUCUGGGUCCUGGGAGCCACCCUGGUGAUCAUCGGCUCCCAUGCUGCCUUGCACCAGUUAGAGCCUACAGACGGAGAGGAGCUGCAGAUGGAGCCCGUGUAAGGUGUCGCACCUGCCUGCCUCGCCAGCUGCCCCGUCCGUCCGUCUGUCCGUCUGUCUGUCUGUCCUUGGCCUGCCUGGCCUUGCCGCUCAGCUGGGAGCCUCCGCCUCAGGCCUCAGUUCCAAGGAGAGGCCUUGUCUUUGAAAAUAAAGCUGUUACAGUUGCUACUUGGCAAA